UGUUGCCAUUUUAUAGGCUAGUGUUGACCGUGUAAUUUGUAAGCCGAAGAUACGAAAAACAAGGAAUAGUUUUUAUGGAAUAUAACGGUUUAUCAGUGUUACAAUCUUCUCAGCAUCCAAAGCGCCUUGCGCGUAAAACACGCGAUUAAUCGCCCAAUCACCGUUACAUUUUUGUUUUUCCUUUAUCAAACUUUAUUCCACGAAGAUUUUAAACAUGUCUAAGGAACCGGAUAAAACUUCUACUGGGACAGAAAGCUCAGCUUUUCUUGGCGAUGUAGACUCUGAUUGCGCGUCGUCUCCAUCAAUGUCUGACGACCAAGAAUCCCAUUCGCAACUGGGCACCAGUAAUAAGCCGAAUAUUGAAGAGGAUGGCCGCUUUCCUCCGUGCAUAAGAGAUGCUGUGUCGCAGGUUCUCAAAGGCUAUGACUGGUCCUUGCUCCCGAUGCCUAUGCAUGGUAACAGGUCUUUAAAAGAUAAGCCUCAUGUAAAGAGACCCAUGAACGCUUUUAUGGUGUGGGCGCAGGCUGCGCGCAGAAAACUGGCAGAUCAGUACCCCCAUCUCCAUAACGCAGAGCUCAGCAAGACCUUGGGCAAGUUGUGGAGGCUGCUCUCUGAGAAUGAGAAGAGACCGUUUAUAGAAGAGGCAGAAAGACUGAGGGUCCAGCACAAGAAAGACUAUCCAGAUUAUAAAUACCAGCCACGAAGACGAAAGAGCAUGAAGCCGGGUCAAAGUGAGUCAGACGAGAAGAAUCAUCAUCCCUCGGAUCAUAUAUACAAGGCAGAACCAGUGCAAUCGCAUGGCCCUCCUACGCCUCCCACCACCCCUAAGGCAGAUCAGCAUCAAGGAGCGAAACUAGAGUCAAGGCGUGCAUCAGAAAAUGUGAGGCAGAACAUUGACUUCAGCAACGUGGAUAUAUCAGAGCUCAGCAGUGAUGUCAUUUGCAGCAUGGGACCCUUUGAUGUACGUGAGUUCGAUCAGUACCUGCCGUUAAACGGCCACGGAGCGGUUAACAUUGAAAACAGCAGUGGGCAGCACUCCAGUCCUGGCUGCUUCAGUUCCUACCAUCAUCAUCAUGCCCACAGCAGUGUUUCGACGUGGAACAAAGACUCUGCAUCGCCAUCCACAUCCUUGCAUAAUGGUACAAAUGAGUCAAGCCAACAAAGGCCGCUCAUUAAAACAGAACAAUUAAGCCCCUCUCAUUAUGGAGAGUCACACGGGUCACCGAUCCAAUCUGAACUGGGAUCAUCCUCCGUUUCCAACUCCCUGACUGACUGUUCUGACCUACACAACUCCACUUACUAUACUACGUUUUCAGGGUACCCUUCCAGUAUCUAUCAGUAUCCAUACUUCCAUUCCUCCAGAAGGUCAUAUGUAACCCCUGUAUUGAACACUUUGUCCAGUCCAUCCCAUAGUCCCGGGGCAAGCUGGGAACAGCCAGUGUACACGACUUUAACGCGGCCCUAAUGUUUUUGUUGUGUGUGGCAUUUGAAUGUAUAUACUGUGCAGUAGGAUACCCAAAAAUGCCAUUGUCGGCAGCUCACUGAGAGGGGUGUGACCCAUUGAUUUUGGACAUAAAUGUUUAUGUUGCAUUUUAAUAGACUUUUCUGGUAUUUGCUUUUACAGAAUGCUUCAGAGUUAUAUAAACAAGUUAUAGUUCGAAAUUAGGAUUUGAUAAACAAGUUUGAAGUCAAUGUAAAGUAUUUCAUGUCAGAUUAUUAUUAUCAUCAAUAAAUGUAACUGUUUAUAAAACACUGUGUCUGAACAUGUUGCUGUUUUCUGAAGCCAUUGAAUCACACACUGUAAAAAAAUGCAGGUUUAUGUCUAAUCAACAUAUUUUUAUGUUACUAUAAUUUAAAUAAUUUCAAUUUUUUUAUAAGUUAUGCCAACUUAUCACAGGUUGAAACUUAAAAAAAUAGGUUGGAUUGACUUACAAAACCAAGUUGUUUUUACUUCAUGCUGCAUUUUUUUUACAGUGCACUUGUCAGUUACAAUGAUUUUACCAUCAAAGGGGUCACGAAGCGAAGCAGCAUGUGGCUUAGUUAUUGUUUUAUUCUUUUCUGGUUUGAAUAAAAAGUGGGACACUGUAGAAGCCAAUAACUUCAGUCAAUAUUCAGCACAUUAUUUAAAAACGCAAUUACAGUUUUCUUAUUACUUCUAUGCUAUUAAAAAUUGUAUUUACA